AUGGAUGAACCGAAUCCCCUCUAUAACUUUGCUACUUUCCGGACUGCGGGACAACCGACGUUCACGCGAGAUUGGCCUCCUUCGACUACGUCUAAUUGGGGGUCCAACAGACAAGAGUCUCAAGUGAAUAUUCCUUCAAAAUUUUUAUCUCACCAGCCUUGUGAGCAGGAUAGAGGAGCUAUCCUCCGUCCCACUCGCGUUGGCGAUUUUGUUCAGCAGGACAACAUGAGACGGACAAACUCGAACCCUAUAGGCUUUCGCCCUUAUAUUAACCCACAAUCGAUACCGAGACCUCGGAAAUUAAUCAAGCUAGCGGGAGGUAUCACCGAGCAUGAAGAACAACCGAGUUCUUCUUUCGAAACCGACCAUACUAAUAUCAUCAAUCAAAUGCCCCCGAAUUUGAACUCCAGUCCUUCCCCCAUGUUGGCGCCAAGUAGAUUCAUUAAUGCAGCUAAUAAUCAAGAUAUGAUGUCGGUGGGCGAGGGGAGAAGUGAGAGGAGUACUGCCUGCCGGUUUUCUGCAAGCAUUCCGCAUCAGUUUACAAAUGACAAUCCUCAUCAUCUUCCUAUCAACGAUCAAGGGCUCGCGGUGACACAUCCGAGAAAAGUUACGAAUUAUGAGACUCGUCGUGACGCUAGGGAAGAAGAGGUUCCUAACUAUGCGGAAGACAAAUCAGCAGAUUUAUUAGAAUUUGAUAAAACGGUUUUUGCCUGUUCGGAGGCAAACUUCAAAGACGAAACAAACCUUCUUAGCAUCUCCGACAUGUUUGGCGUGCUAAACGCCAACAAACUGGUGAUGUCCGAACAACAAUUUAUUACUCACUUUCAUAGAUAUUUCAACAAAAACUGUUCUACAGGAAAACCACCACCGAAGAAUUUUAAUUUGGAUUUGAACGCUAAACCGGAAAGUGUCAGUGCCCAUAGGAGAAGAGACCAAAUCAAGGCUUUAUCCAUCAUCUUGCAAGACCGGGAGUGGUGGUAUAGACAUUGGGAGAAGAAAACAGGCAUCAAGAUCAAAUCUUUGGCUAACGAUAUGAACAACAGUCCAUCUCCACAAAUGCUGGCAAUUCUGACAACAUACUUAUUUUAUGUUGAGAUGAUCAGUACACUUGUCCCUCGUGAGCAGGAUGUGGGAGACACAACAGGAAGUCAAUUAAAAGAAGCAGUGAAUUUCUUUAAGGCUCUCUUCCUCCCUGAAAGUACCUCCGUAGCAACACAAAUCAGGGCCAGAACAGCUCUUGAUCCACAAGAGAUCAAAGAAAGGGCCCCGUCAACCAAACGCUCCACCAACUUUUAUGCUGGCCUUUGGAUGUUGUUGGCGGAGUGGAUGAGAUUAUAUAGAACAGAACUCUUUAAUGCGCUUAAGGAAGAUGGAAAAACUAUUCGCACUACUCAGAAUUUCUUCAACACUGUUUUUCGCUACACUGUCGAGAAUCUUGGCAAUAGAUUGAAGGGAAAAUGA